AUGCGGGCGAUGGCGCGAACAGUGACAGACCGCGCGAGAUGGGCUACCAGGAAGAUGACGGUCAGAAGUAGUCAGCUCAAGCGCCUGUCGCUGAUCGGCCGCCACAGAAAAUCCCUUACUUCCGAGAAGAAAAGACAGUCUGGGGGCUCCGAGACGCUGCAGUCCUCACAGGCAAAUCAGGAAGAAGAUGACCAGGUCGACCAGGCUGACGAUGCAAUCGACGACGAGUCCGGCCACGCAGCGCCGCGGAAGCUGUACUUCAACCUGCCUCUGCCGCAGAAUCUCCUCGACGACGACGGCAACCCACGACAACAAUUCACGCGUAACAAGAUCAGGACCGCCAAAUAUACCCCAUUAUCCUUCAUACCCAAGAACCUAUGGUUCCAAUUCCAAAAUGUCGCCAACGUCUUUUUCCUCUUUCUCGUCAUUAUUGUUUUCUUUCCUAUAUUCGGCGGCACCAAUCCCGGCCUCAGUGCUGUGCCUUUGAUUUGUAUCGUUAUCAUUACCGCGAUAAGGGACGCAAUAGAAGACUACCGCCGCACAGUCCUCGACAUUGAACUCAACAAUGCGGCCGUCCACCGUCUGCAGGGCUGGAACAACCCGAACGUCCUUGAGGACAACGUCUCCAUGUGGAGGAAAAUCAAGAAGGCGACCUCCAGGUUUUUUGGAUCGAUAUGGCGUGCGAUCCAGGGGCUGUGGAAAAAGGAGGAUCCAGCCGCCCGGAGGCGGAGCCGUGGCAUAUAUGACGACGAUCCUCGCAUGUCUGUCGAGACCAGAGUCACACAUGGCGCUUCUACUCGGCGAGAGUCCUUCGUGUCCGCUGCCGAGGAUAUCCAGAUGACACCUGUCACGUCGCCUCUGCCGACUCAGCAAUCGUACAACCAGAUGGACGCGCCGCCUCCUCAGACGAGCUACGAGUUUCGGGAACCAGAGGCCGAGGCCAGGUUUGAGAACAUCCAGGGCGAUGUCAUCAACCACGAUCUGGAUGCGCCUGGCAAGGCUCGUUUCCACAAAGAUGCUUGGAAAAGUCUACAGGUCGGCGAUUUCGUGCGUGUCUAUGGGGAUGACGAGCUUCCGGCAGAUAUCAUCAUCCUGUCGACCUCGGACCCCGACGGCGCGUGUUAUGUGGAGACGAAGAAUCUGGACGGCGAGACGAACCUGAAGGUGCGCCAGGCCCUACGGUGCGGCCGAUCUAUGAAGCAUGCGAGGGACUGCGAGAGGGCGCAGUUCAUGAUCGACAGCGAGCCGCCGCAGGCCAACCUCUACAAGUACAAUGGCGCCAUCAAGUGGGAGCAGAAUGUAAACGGCUCGCCCCGCCAGAUGUCAGAGCCUGUUACCAUCGACAACGUCUUGCUCCGUGGCUGCAAUGUGCGGAAUACGGAGUGGGUUCUUGGUGUUGUCCUCUUCACCGGUCACGACACCAAGAUCAUGAUGAAUGCCGGAGCCACGCCUAGCAAGCGCGCGAGAAUCGCGAGAGGACUCAACUUCAACGUCAUCUGCAACUUUGUCUUCUUGUUCUUCAUGUGCUUCGUGGCAGCCAUCGACAACGGUGUUGCCUGGGCAAAGACGGAUGCGUCCCUGUACUACUUUGAUUUUGGGUCGAUUGGAUCCACACCUUCCAUGACUGGAUUCAUCACUUUUUGGGCAGCAUUGAUCGUGUUCCAGAACUUGAUCCCCAUCUCGCUCUACAUCUCCCUGGAAAUCGUGCGGACAUUACAGGCUGUGUUUAUCUUCAGCGACGCCGAGAUGUACUAUGAACCUAUUGAUCAGCCUUGUGUUCCAAAAACCUGGAAUAUAUCCGACGAUCUGGGCCAGGUGGAAUAUAUCUUCUCCGACAAGACCGGAACACUGACCCAAAACGUGAUGGAAUUUAAAAAGGCAACGAUCAACGGCCAGCCUUACGGCGAGGCUUACACUGAAGCCCAAGCAGGCAUGCAGAAGCGUGCUGGCGUCGAUGUCGAGAAAGAAGGGGCCCGGAUUCGAGCCGAGAUCGAGAUCGCCAAGGUGAAGGCCUUGAAGGGCCUCCGGAACCUGCAUGAUAACCCCUUCCUGCACGACAAUGAAGUGACCUUCAUCGCACCCGAUUUCGUGGACGACCUGACUGGAACGCACGGGGAGGACCAGAAACAGGCCAACGAGGAGUUCAUGUUGGCCCUGGCAUUGUGCCACACAGUCAUCGCAGAAAAGCAACCGGGAGACCCACCCAAGAUGCUGUUCAAGGCCCAGUCUCCUGAUGAGGCUGCCUUGGUGGCCACCGCUCGCGAUAUGGGUUUUACUGUGCUCGGGCACACAGGUGACGGAAUCAACGUAAAUGUUUUGGGCGAAGACCGGCAUUAUCCAAUUCUCAACACCAUCGAGUUCAAUUCCAGCAGGAAGAGGAUGAGCGCUAUCGUGCGCCUGCCAGACAACAGGAUCGUGCUGUACUGCAAGGGCGCCGACAGCGUCAUCUAUGCCCGGCUUAAAAGAGGAGAGCAGCAAGAGUUGCGCCGGGAGACCGCGGAGCAUCUUGAACUCUUUGCCCGAGAAGGAUUGCGGACACUGUGCAUUGCCAAGCGCUACCUGACAGAGCAGGAGUACAUCGCGUGGCAGAAGGAGCACCAAGCUGCGGCGACCGCCCUUGAGGAGCGAGAAGAGAAAUUAGAAGCAGUGGCCGACCUCAUCGAGCAGGACCUGACUCUGCUGGGCGGCACCGCCAUCGAGGACCGGCUGCAAGACGGAGUGCCCGACAGCAUUGCCUUGUUGGCUGAGGGUGGUAUCAAGCUCUGGGUUCUGACGGGCGACAAGGUCGAGACAGCCAUCAACAUUGGAUUCUCUUGCAACCUCUUGAGCAACGAAAUGGAGAUGAUUCGGCUGCAGGCUGUGGAAGACGAGUCUGGCCAGACGCCUCCGGACCAAUAUGUGCAGGAGGUCGAGGCUGCGCUCGAUGAGCAUCUGGCUGUCUUCAACAUCACCGGCAGCGACGAGGAUCUUCGACGUGCGCGGCACGAGCACAAGGCCCCUCCCCCUACGCACGCCCUGGUCAUUGAUGGAUUCACGCUCAGAUGGGUGCUCGACGAAAGGAUCAAGCAAAAGUUCCUGCUUCUCUGCAAGAACUGCAAGUCUGUGCUCUGCUGCCGUGUGAGCCCGGCGCAGAAGGCCGCGGUUGUCUCCAUGGUUAAGAAUGGACUGGAUGUCAUGACCUUGUCGAUCGGCGACGGCGCCAACGACGUAGCCAUGAUCCAGGAGGCCGACGUAGGUGUUGGUAUUGCCGGUGAGGAAGGUCGACAGGCUGUCAUGUCCUCGGACUAUGCUAUCGGCCAGUUUCGUUUCUUGCAAAGACUCGUCCUGGUCCAUGGACGAUGGUCUUACCGACGUCUGGCCGAGACCAUCAGCAACUUCUUCUACAAGAACAUGAUCUGGACGUUUUCUAUCUUCUGGUAUCAAGUAUUCUGCGACUUCGACAUCACCUACAUUUUCGAAUACUCGUACAUCAUCAUGUUCAACCUCUUCUUCACCUCGGUUCCCGUCAUUCUGAUGGGUGUGCUGGAUCAAGAUGUGUCCGAUGCUGUUUCGCUUGCUGUUCCUCAACUUUACCGCCGAGGUAUCGAGCGGUUGGAGUGGACGCAGCGAAAGUUCUGGCUCUACAUGUUGGACGGCGUCUACCAGUCGGUCAUGGUCUUCUUCAUCCCAUAUCUCACUGUUGCGAACAGCCCCUUUGUCAGCUUCAAUGGCCUGGACGUCUCGGAACGGUACCGUCUCGGGUGUUACAUUGCCCACCCUGCUGUGAUCACUAUCAACCUCUACAUCCUGAUCAAUACCUAUCGCUGGGACUGGGUGAUGCUGCUUGUUGUCGUCAUCAGCGAUCUCUUCAUCUUCUUCUGGACGGGUGUCUACACGUCGACGACUUAUUCGGCCACUUUCUACAAGGCUGCGCCGCAGGUCUAUGCCGAGGCCACCUUCUGGGCGUGCUACUUCAUCACUCCAGUCGUCUGCAUCUUUCCCAGGUUCGCCAUCAAAGCCCUGCAGAAAGUAUAUUUCCCUUACGAUGUCGACAUUGUGCGCGAGCAGGUCACCAUGGGCAAGUUUGAUCGGAUUCUCAACCCAGAGAAGGUCGACACCGCUCUGGAGUCUUCGUCAACCGGAUCCAGCCAGUCUUCAAAGAAAACCAAACACACCAAAUAUGCCAGUGUCGACGAGGACCGGCGGCCAAUCUACCCUCCCUCUGUUGCUACGCACAACACGAGGGCACAAAACGGCAGCGACGGCACGAAUUACACGGGACACGAGCACGACAUGUCAGCUCGUCCAGUGUCGACAGAUUUGACGGAUUCGUACCCAGUGCGUCAGUCGAUAGACCGCGCUAGGCCUUCGUACGACAGGAUACGAGCUUCGAUGGACCGCGUCCGCCCGAGCUUCGAAGCCAGCCGUGACUUCACCUCAGCUGCUAGGCUCAGCCGCGUCGAGUCCACACACUCGGCACACCGCGCCUCCGGCAACUUACUCAACAGGACACGCAUGCGAGGGCUGUCCAUAAUAUCGGCGAAGAGCAAACAUAAUAAUCAACCAUAG